GGCCGGGGGCGGUGCCUGGCAGCGCGGCGGGCUCAGUGGCGGGGGCGCAGUCGCCCGGGCGGCGGGCGGCGGGACGUACCGGGCCCGGGGCCGGAGAGGUACCCGCCAACGCCAUGGACCUGAUAUCAGCGCUGAGCCUGGGAGAGCUAGCGCUCAGCUUCUCACGGGUGCCGCUCUUCCCGGUCUUCGACCUUAGUUACUUCAUCGUCUCCAUCAUUUACCUGAAGUAUGAGCCAGGAGCUGUGGAGCUGUCCCGGCGCCACCCGGUGGCCUCCUGGCUGUGCGCCAUGCUGCACUGUUUUGGGAGUUACAUCCUGGCUGACUUGCUCCUCGGGGAGCCCAUCAUUGACUACUUCAGCAACAGCUCCAGCAUCCUGCUGGCCUCUGCGGUGUGGUACUUGAUUUUCUUCUGUCCCUUGGACCUCUUCUACAAGUGCGUCUGCUUCCUGCCUGUGAAACUCAUCUUCGUGGCCAUGAAGGAGGUGGUGAGGGUUCGGAAGAUUGCCGUGGGCAUCCACCAUGCACACCACCACUACCACCACGGGUGGUUCAUCAUGAUCGCCACUGGCUGGGUCAAAGGCUCUGGUGUUGCCCUCCUGUCCAACCUGGAACAGCUGCUUCGAGGAGUCUGGAAACCGGAGACCAAUGAAAUCCUGCACAUGUCCUUCCCCACCAAAGCCAGCCUGUACGGAGCCAUUCUGUUCACCCUGCAGCAGACGCGCUGGCUCCCCGUGUCCAAGGCCAGCCUCAUCUUCGUCUUCACCAUGUUCAUGGUGUCAUGUAAGGUGUUCCUGACGGCCACGCACUCCCACAGUUCUCCAUUUGAUGUCCUGGAGGGCUACAUCUGCCCGGUGUUGUUUGGGGCAGCUUGGGGAAGUGACCAUCACCAUGACAACCAUGGAGCACCACAUAGUGGAGGCCUAGGCACCCAGCACGCAGGUCUGCCUGCCAAGGCCAGGGAGGAGCUGAGUGAAGGCUCCAGGAAGAAGAAGACCAAGAAGGCGGAUUAAGGAGCAGCCCCAGACAUCCACGGGAUGUUGGGGAGAAGGGUGUGGACUCAGAGAACCUCAGAACUUAGGGGCAUACAGAACUCAAGAGCUCCCCUCCACCAGCCUCUACUUCCCUCUCCGCGGUUUGGAGCCAUUAGCUGCUCACAGGGCUGAGAUGCGAGGGUAGAGGAGUUGGGUAGGAGUGAGAAGCCCUGCUUUCUGCUAGACCCCCUCAUGACAUCACAGCCUUGGGGUCACACCAUCUUCACAGUGCCAGCCACGGAAGCCCUGGCCAGUCGACUCUUGGUUUUCUUUCUUUGUUCUUUCAAAAUAUAUCUUGUAACCAAAAGCCACAUGGAGCCUCAGUUAGCCAAGUUUUAAGGACAUGCUGGGGUGCCCCGUUCUUUCCAGCCAGGACCUCCCUGUGACUCCUUCUGGGCAUCUCGGGGCAAUUACCUCCUCUGAGCCUCCUGCUUCCUCUCAGUAGCGUGGAGAUCCCAGGUCUUCCUGUGUCCAGAGGGUAGAGAAUGUCAAGUUUCCUAAGCAGCAUCCUGGGCCAGGGAGCCUGCGUGAAGGAUGGCACCAUGUGCUUUGUACGUUAGGCCUAGGAUGUUUGUGUUUGGGCCCAGAAGGUCUCACAAGUUACUCCACUGAGCAGACAGAUCCAGGGCUAACCACAGGCAAAAGGAAGGGAGCCACCUUCAUGCGGGGCAGAAUGCCCAAGAGCUAACAGCCUUGCACACUCAUAACUGGGCCCUGGACACAGCAGGUGUUCCUCAUGCCAGUCAGCAUCGUUCAUUCAUUCAGUCAUUCAACAAACAUGGAUCCACACCUGCUCUGUGUGCAGUGUUGUGCUGCUGCUCGGGCACAGUGGGCCUUGGACAGGGCAAGGGUUGUGAUAGCCAAAGUCACCAGGACGUCUGGGAGAGGUGAGAGUGGGGCACGGCUGGGCUUAGGCUUCUGGAAGUACCCCGUGUUGCCUUUUUGCGAGAAAGCAUCUCCUCAUACCUGAGCCUGGAACUCCUGGGUUUCCCCCUCCUGGUGUCGAUCAAAGCUCGGUGUGAGUCAUCAGACAAUAAAUGUGUGAGUGAACCAAGCGACCUCAAAAUGUAGGAAUGCCGUGGGGUCUGUUCUUAGGGACACUGGGGCCUCUGGGACAGGAGGAAGACCUGAAGCCUGCCAUGCAGGGUCAGGCACGUCCAUCUUCUUCAAGACACUGGAAAGGUUCACAGUAUGUAGGAAGCUGAGGCAGGAGGAUGACCACUUCCAAGCCAGCCUGAAUUACCAGAGUAACACCAAAAAGAAAGGAAAAACGCAGGACAGAGGGGGAAGGUAUGGAGGUGUGGAGGAGGAGGGAGCAUUGCCAGUUAGCACUGUCGCUUUCAGGAGUUGCCCAAAGGGGCCUGGUGGUCCUGCCCCCGCCCCCCCCCCCCCCCCCCCCCCCCCCCCCCCCCCCCGUCUUCAUCCUGCCUUUUCACAGGAGCUGAAAUGUGGUCCUCGGCCCUUGGCAGCACACCCCAGGCAUGGGAGCCAGGUGGGUUUGUGCUUUACCGAGCUGGAGCCUUUCCCUGUUCCUGCUUUUUCAUUUGCCUAGGAGUUUACCUAGGAUGGCAGAACCUGUGUAUAAACCGUGGAGGCUCUGAUCUCGGCUGGACUCAGAGCAGCUGAGGGGAUUACAGGGGAGCCGCCUGCUGCCCUCCACCCCAAGGCGUGGGGAUCUCAUAUUCUGACUGGACAGACAGGAUGGAAAUAAAGAGCCUCCCAACCUAUUUUGGGAAGAAGGUGUGAUAGCCUCUGGCUGGCUUGUGGUCAGGGAUCCUUGCCAGGCCCAGCUGCUUUGGUGUCCACGAACAGAUGCCGGGACUCUGACAGCUGGAUCUUAAAUUCAGGUUAAUUAUAGGAUUCAAGCAUGGUAGGAUCUGUUGUCUGAUACCAAGAACAGGGUUCUUCGUGUCAUUUAAAAAUUCUAUUUAAUAGUCCUUGAGGAAUAGCUUAAUGGUGGAGACCCUGUCUAGAAUCCCCCAGUGAGGGGCUGGGGUGGGCUCGGGGUGGAGACCCUGCCUAGGAUCCCCAGUGAGGGGCUGGGGCGGGGCUCAGAGUAGAGCCUUUGUCUAGCAUACACAAGGCCCUGGGCUCCAUCUACACCACCAUAUACACACUGAAAGAUAUAAGAUAUACAUUCAUACUGUGGAGUACAGUGUCAAACUGAUUUGUUGGUUUUGUUUGUUUGUUGUUUGUUUUGUUUUGCUUUGCUUUUUUUUCUUUUCGAGACAGGGUUUCUCUGUGGUUUUGGAGCCUGUCCUGGAACUAGCUCUUGUAGACCAGGCUGGUCUCGAACUCACAGAGAUCCUCCUGCCUCUGCCUCCCAAGUGCUGGGAUUAAAGGCGUGCGCCACCACCGCCCGGCUGUUGUUUGUUUUGAAACAGGGUUUCUCUGUGUAGCUCUGGUUGUCCUGGAGCUCACUCUGUAGAUCAGGCUAGCCCUGAGCUCACUAAAAUCCACCUGCCGCUGCCUCCCAAGUGCUGGGAUAAAAGGCGUGCACCACCAUGCUCAGCCUCCGGUUUUUAUUUUUUAAUAAAGCAGUGCCUCACUGUG